AAAAAAGAAAGAAUAGUACCCGAAAAAGGCCGCCAAAACCCACCGCCGGCGAUCACCAUCGCCGCUGCCAUCCUCCACUAAUCUUUACAUACAUCCAAAAAACCAUUGUCUCUAAAACCCAUAAAAGUAUCUGUCUUAGAGGAAGCUUUACAAGUUGCUGGUGGCAUGGUUGUGAAGAAGUACUGCAGUAAUUAUAUUUGAACAAUUGGAGACAACGCAACGUCGUAUUGAGUGCCGGAAGUGAUGAGGAUUUUCCAAUUUUGGUUCAUUUUUUUGUUGUUUGUCUUCUUCUUCUGUCCCAAUGCACAAAGAAUGGCAAGAGCAUUCACUGGGACUUAUGGAAUCAAUUAUGGUAGAAUUGCAGAUAACAUCCCUUCACCAGAUGAAGUUGUGACAUUGCUUAGGGCCGCAAAAAUAAAGAAUGUUAGAAUUUACAAUGCAGAACAGAGUGUUCUUAAGGCCUUUAAAGGGACUGGGCUUGAGUUGGUGGUUGGACUUCCAAACGAAUUUGUGAAAGAGAUGAGCGCAAAUGCAGAUCAUGCUCUGACUUGGGUGAAAGAUAAUGUUAUGGCAUUUCUCCCAGAUACAAACAUCGUUGGGAUUGCUGUGGGGAAUGAAGUUUUAGGAGGAAGUGAUUAUGACCUCGCGGUAGCUUUAUUGGGUGCCGUAAAAAAUAUUCACAAUGCCACAAAAAAGCUUGGGAUAGAUGAUUCAGUUCAGAUUACGACUGCACAUUCUCAGGCUGUUUUUGCAAAUUCAUUUCCUCCCUCUUCGUGUAUUUUCAAAGAUGGUGUUGCUCAACUGAUGAAGCCUCUUUUGGAGUUCUUCUCUCAAAUUGGGUCCCCUUUCUGUCUAAAUGCUUAUCCCUUCCUGGCUUACACAUAUAACCCAGACAAAAUUGACAUAAAUUAUGCUCUCUUUCAGAAAAAUGAGGGAAUAGACGAUGAGAAAACUGAUCUUCAUUAUGAUAAUCUGCUCGAUGCUCAGAUUGAUGCAGCUUAUGUUGCUUUGGAGAAUGCUGGAUUUAAAAAUAUGGAAGUUAUUAUUACGGAGACAGGUUGGGCUUCUCAUGGGGACCAGAACGAACCUGCUGCUACACCAAAAAAUGCAGGGAUGUAUAAUUAUAAUUUGCGUAAAAGGCUAGCCCAGAGGAAAGGUACUCCACUGAGGCCAAAGAGGAAGUUGAAAGCCUAUAUAUUUGCAUUGUUCAAUGAGAAUUCGAAACCUGGUGCACUUUCUGAGAAAAACUAUGGACUGUUUAAAGCCGAUGGGAGUAUCUCCUAUGACAUUGGGUUUCAAGGACUUAAAUCUUCAUCAGCUUCGUCUUCUUUUUUGUCCUUCAAGGAAUUUCGAGCUCAAAUGUUGCUUGGAUCCCAUUUAUCGGUAUUCGCAGUUUCAGCUUCAGUCUUACUUUUGCUUUUAAGAUUAUGACUUCAAAUGCUCUGCUAUAUUCAAUAAGGACCCUUGCAGUGAUAGGUAGGAUACCAUCCAAAUUGCACUUUCAGUGCUUAGGAAAAUACAUUGUCAUUUCAGUGUACUCUUAUCAUUAUAAGUUGCUGAUUAUUUUUACUUAUCUCAGCAAUGUGUAUCUAUUUAUCUGAAAUAAAUCUUUUGCUGGUUUAUGUGUUCUUUGUUU